AUGGACUAUUCCGGACCUAUUAGUGGUCCUUCAAGACGAGAAGACUUAUCUACGGGAGCAUCACAGUCUCUCCCCACAGCCUCACAACCACCAUAUAUCGAUGGUCUUGGCUAUGAAAACGGUCACGGCCACUCCUAUGAACCCACCUACAAUGGUGAUCGAGCCACGAGAAAUCACCAAAUCCAAUCCCAGGUAUCCAAAGAGCCGGUCUAUUCCGCUGCUGAAAGUGCAGAUCCUUCUCAGCUUGCGCUCCCAGUAUUAGAAGAGUCCGUUUAUGCAUCCGAAGAGAGCUCAGACGCUCCCUCAACGCCAUACUCGAUGCCCGAUGACUACGUCUUAACCCCACCCCGAAUUCACUCCCCGAGGCCCAACGAGUCUUCUCGCCACGGUACUGAGGGCGCAGACGCUUGUCCGACCUCACUCCCAAUGUAUUCAGCCAUCCCACGACAGAUAUCACAUCGGACAUAUGCCCAAACGCCACUGUCGUGGAAGAGUCUCAAACUAAGCGUACGAGUAAGCAUACACGUGGACAAUAUACGCCUAGAGAUGUUUGAAAAGGUGAUUGCGGAAGAAGUUGAGAGACGAUUCGAUGCACACGUAACACUUGCCCAAGAUGCGCGUCUUCUUCAUGGCCUAGAGAACGGAGAGAUAAUAUACCUGAGUGGUGAUGUUAUCGACGAAAGUGAUACGCUACGCGUGAUUGCGCGUGAUGUAGAGGCAUUGCAGCGCGAGAUGGACAUAUUUAGAUUCAUGACCUCAUUUACGCGGUUGCAUGGAUCGGUCGUGGUCUGCGGAAGCAACAACCCAAUCGGGAGUGUGUUGUUACGUAGCAACACAGUCCUCAUUGCACCCGAUGAAUCGGUAGUAUGA